CUCAGAUUCUCAUCAGCUGGAUUGUCACAGGCUGAGCUUCUCCCAUGGCUCCUGCAGAUUUUCCAGCCUCCCUUCCUCUGUGUGUGUGUCUGCUGCUGGCCUCUGGCUUUGCCCAGGCAGGCAGGCUGCUGGUGGUGCCCAUGGACGGGAGCCACUGGUUCACCAUGCAGUCAGUUGUGGAGAAGCUCAUCCACAAUGGACAUGAGGUGGUGGUAGUCGUGCCAGAGGUGAGUUGGCAACUAGGAAAAUCCCUGAAUAUUACUGUGAAGACGUACUCAAUUUCUCACACCCUAGAGGAUUUAAACCGGGAGUUCAAGUAUUAUUCUGAUACUAAAUGGAAAACUCCAGAAGAAAGUAUGCUAUCUUUAAUGACAGGCUCAGCCAAAGGUUUUUUCGAAUUAAUGUUUUCAAACUGUAGGAGUUUGUUUAACGACAAGAAGUUAGUGGAGUACUUGAAGCAGAGUUCUUUUGAUGCUGUGUUUCUGGAUCCUUUCGAUGUGUGCGGCUUGACUGUUGCCAAGUACUUGUCGGUCCCAUCCGUGGUCUUUGCAAGAGGUAUAUUUUGUCACUAUCUUGAAGAGGGCACUCAAUGCCCCAGACCCCUCUCUUAUGUUCCCAGAAUUCUCUCGAAAUUCGCAGACACCAUGACUUUUACGGAGAGAGUGUGGAACCACAUCACCUAUAUGGAGGAGCGUGCACUUUGCCCCUAUUUUUUCAAAACUGCUACAGACAUUGCCUCUGAAGUUCUCCAGACCCCAGUGACUAUGGAAGACCUCUUCAGUCAAGUGUCCAUUUGGUUGUUACGCACUGACUUUGUGUUGGAUUUCCCUACACCUAUGAUGCCCAACAUAGUCCACAUUGGUGGGAUCAACUGCCACCAGGGAAAAUCACUUUCCAAGGUAUGCUAUUUCUCCUUUAGCACAUGAAGAGAGCCUUUGGUU